AUGAGUUCGGAGCGAGCGGAGUAUGACAUGGUGUGUCAGAGAGCCGUGACCCUCAUUGUGGACCUCUGCCUGCACAACAGCUCGCUGUUGGAGCAGGACACGUGUCAGGACUUCCUUUUCCUGUUGUCCAGUCACGGCGCCAAGCACACGGAUCAAGACGCUACUUUUGGCCUCCUUCUCGGUGUGUUUGUGCUCUGCGGCUUGGUUCUGCUGGGCCUGCUAGCCUUCGGCUCCUGGAAGCGGUGCGGUCCGCCUCGGCGGAGCAAAGCCAGCUUCCUCACUCCGUCCCCCAGCCCGGAGCACCGCCCGCUGCAGCUGUCUCGCCCGCUGCCGUUGCCGUCGCCCCCAGGUACCCAGCAGCUGCAGCAGCCAGCGGUUACCAUGGCAACAGAGAAAAUGAAGGACCCCGUGGGCCCGAUGGGCUUCCUGGAGGCUGCGGUGAAGAUAAGCCAUACAUCUCCUGACAUCCCCACUGAUGUCCAGCUCUCCAUGAGGGAGCACUUCCUGCGCCGCACACAGCGCAUGCAGAGGCAAACAACUGAGCCCGCUUCCUCCACCCGGCACAAUUCCUUCAAAAGACACCUUCCCCGGCAGAUGCAGGUCGGCAGCUUGGACCUGGGGAACGACUACAUGUUGGACAAAGAGGAAAAAUCCACAAGCAUUGGCCGUAUUCAGCCAGAGCUCUACCAGCAGAAAACAUGUGACUCGGAGGAUUCCUCCAAGAACAGCAGCAGCAAAAACUGCGGGAGGAUUAACUUCUCUCUCAAGUAUGAUUACGACAACGAGGCCCUGCUCGUCAACAUCAUCAGGGCGGUCGACCUUCCCGCCAAGGAUUUAUGCGGCACGUCCGACCCGUACGUCAAGAUCUACCUGCUGCCCGACCGCAAGAAGUUCCAGACGCGGGUCCAUCGAAAAACCCUCAACCCCACCUUUAUUGAAAGCUUCCAGUUUCCUGUGCCUUACGACGACUUGCCGAACAGGAAGCUCCACAUGAGCGUUUUCGACUUUGACAGGUUUUCACGACACGACAUGAUCGGGGAGGUGGUGAUGGACAACCUGUUUGAGACGUCCGACCUCUCCCGGGAAACCAAUAUAUGGAGAGACAUCGAAUAUGCCACCAGUGAGAGCGUUGACCUUGGGGAGAUCAUGUUCUCACUCUGUUACCUGCCCACUGCUGGAAGACUCACACUGACUGUCAUCAAGUGCAGGAAUCUCAAGGCCAUGGACAUCACUGGAUACUCAGACCCUUACGUCAAAGUGUCACUAAUAUGUGACGGGCGGCGUCUGAAGAAGAAGAAGACUAGCAUCAAAAAGAACACCUUGAAUCCCACCUACAACGAGGCCAUCAUCUUUGACAUCCCACCCGACAGCAUGGACCACGUCAGCCUGCACAUCUCUGUCAUGGAUUACGACUUGGUCGGUCACAACGAGGUCAUCGGCGUGAUGCGAGUCGGGUGCAACGCAGAAGGACUGGGAAGGGACCACUGGAACGAAAUGUUGGCGUAUCCUCGCAAGCCCAUCGCACACUGGCACCCCCUACUGGAGUCUAAGAAAUCCGAGAAAGAGUGGAAAGCAAGGGCUGCCAGCUUUGACAGCCAGGGCUCCUGCCCUUCCCCCCGCCCCCCAGCGACACCCUGAGCAACGCCACCUGCGACCCCUGCGACCCCCUGCAACCCAGAUGGAGGGUGGUGAGAGGUUCCUCCUGCUGGUCCACUUCCUGUCUGUCUGAUUAUUCAGGAGAAACCCUGCUGUGGCUCCCGACCGCUCCCACCCUCAGCCACCCACCCCCUUCCUUUCAGUCGACAACCGAACUCCACCUUCCGCGAGCGUGGUUCCUAGAAAGCUGAUCUGGGAUCACGUCGGGUUAGGCCGUAUUUUUGGAUGUUCUGACUGCUCAAUGCCCUUCCUUCAUGGUUGGAUAUGUGCAGACUCAAAUUAAGAGAAAGUGGUGGUGAUCAGAGGAUAUUUCUCAAAGCGAAGCAAGAUGUCUGAGGAGACGUGCGCCGCUUUUCAAAACGUCCUGGUGCUUCAUUUAUUUACGUCGAAACAUUAUCGAGCUUCAUUAAGGUGUCAAAAUUGAGUUUCCAGUUGCAUAGUCAUGCACUGUGAUGCUCAUUUGGUUCCACUCGGGGCGAAAUCACUAACAAGCUGUCAAAACAGAAUGAUGAGGAAAAAAAAAUAAAAGUAUAGUAUAAGUAAAGUACAAGUGUAAAAAGUUGUUCUUUAGAGCUAGAAAACAAGGAAAUAACAAAAGCAAUUCAUAUUUGCCGUUUACUCAAAUAGUGGUUGAUGCCCUCCCUCAAAGAGAGGCCUCCCUUGACACAUUAGAAAACAAAAAAGCACUGAGGGCCCAAAUUAAAAAAAAAAAAAAAAGACUAGAUUUUGACUAGCUAAAAGAAGGUCUAAGUUGCGGCGUAGGUGGUGUUAAGCAAAUUUGUUGAGUUUGAUUUUGACAAAUGUGCAUAGUUAGACGGUACUUUGCACUCUGCUUGCACGAGGCAAGUAAAUAGGGCCCUUAAAAGCACUUAAACAUUUUGACGAUUCAUCACAAUUUACGUGUUACACAAUGUUGAGGCAACUCUGAUUUGCGUUGGACUCGGACUUGUAUCUGGGGGCAACAUGACUUAGUAUUUUUUCCGGCAAAUCUGUUUCGAUGUUUCGCUGCACUUCUCCAUAAUAUUUAGUUCUUUCCAUUUAUUCCGUUUUAAAGCCCAGUUUCACUUGAUAAAUAUUCCACCGCCCUAUUGUAAAAUAUCAACCCAAAAUGCUUCCACACAAAUAAAGCGACAGCAUUUUUUUCCAAAUGUAAAAAAUUCUCCUUCCAGCUCAAGUUAAAAAAAAUAAGCAUCACUGACCACUAUUUGUGUAAAUGCCGUGAAUGUAGCACAACUUGAUGUUUUUGUUGCCACCUCAGUCUCCUUUUGUUGUAGAGAAGUGUAUGUAUAAUUUUGAGCAUAAAAUUGUGUACAGACAUUUUUUUGUCGUGAUUGUUUGCCUUCUUUCAACCCAGACAAGAUGUGAAGCUAGAUGUAGCCUAGCAAGUGGUGACAAUUAGAGAAAAAAAAAAUCACUGCCUCUAUGUUUACUGCGUUAUGAAACAUUGCGUUGGUUCUCCUGUGGAAAACGUGAUCGUGUCACUCAGAUGCUGAUGCUGUUCAGUUGAAUCCCCUUUUUGAAUUUGUUACGUCUGUUGUUGUUUAAACUAUCAUGAAAUUUAAUGAUGAAACAUUUUUUGUUAUGAUUUUAAUUUUGUAGAUAAAGUAAAUAUUUUGUAACAAGAGGAAACUCCCAUUUCAGACGCUGUGAGUGGGAAAAGUGUCCCCGUUUGAAAAUUAAAUGUGUCAUACGCAAUUAUUUUAUCAAGGUUGUGAUUUAAAAGCAGAAAGGAUUUUACAAUGCUUACUCCAAAACAAACAGGAGGCAGUGUUAUUAUAUCUUUGUCAAAAAAAGAACGUGUCUAAAUCCCUCUUUGCAUUUUGGAUAAUAUUGAACAAAAACAUACUAUUUAAAUAAUUUUGGCUCACCCUUGGACAAUAACAAAUACCAGCAAUGGUUAUGGAAAUGCUAACUUGCAUAAAAAUAGUAACACAGCAGUAGUAAAACUUGCUUAUCAAUGAAUCAUCUCUUUUUUUUAAUGAAUUCAGUUUGUUAUUUUUAGUUUUAAAGACAUUUUGAAAUAUCAUUCCAUAUUGUACCAUUUGUUUUGUAACCAUGAUGGUGGUAACAUUAGGUUGUUGAGAAAGCGUUGAUAGAAAUUACUUAAAAAAAAAUAUUGGCACUCAAAAUUCCAGUGGUGACCAAAUGGAAGUUAAAUAUAAAUCUUGCUUUUACUGUACCCAAAUUGAUAAAAAAAAAAAAAAAAAGAGAGACAAAAGUUUUAUCCACAA